AAUGACAAAGAAGACAAAGAAGGUAGGUAUCACUGGAAAAUAUGGUACAAGAUAUGGUGCAUCAUUAAGAAAGAUUAUUAAGAAAUUUGAAAUUUCAUAGCAUUAAAGAUAUUUUAAUACAUUUACUGGAGCAGUAUGAUGAUAAUAUUUAUAUUAUAGCAUUCAUUAAAAAGAUAAGCUAUUGGUAUUUGGAGAUGCACACAAACUGGAUUAUAAAUAGCUGGUGGAGCUUGGGAAGUGAAGUAAUAUAUUUAUUAAUUUAACAGUACUCCUGCUGGAUUAUCUGCUAAAUAAGGUAUGUUGAGAAUAAAGAAAUUAAAGGAUGAUGCAGAAGUUGAAGUAAAAGAAGAAAAGAAAGAUAAAAAAUAAUAAUAACCAAAAGAAGAAAAACCAAAAGAAUAAGUUAAAGAAACAAAGAAACAUUAACCAAAAAAAGCAUAAGGAAAGAAAUAAUGAUUCA